GGAACUAACCAACGGAUACUCGACUUGAGGAUCCAACUGGCUCUCUGCUUACAGAUCCGCCCGUCCAGCAAUAUUCUGAAGCAGAAGUGCGAUCACCGAGGCGACUAUUCAAGAAAGUCAUCCCACAAGAGAAGAGAACGUCGGAGAGGUGUCGAAGGGACAGCCAUAUCGAGCGCGUUGUGAGGCACAACACACGAGCAAAUAUGCCGACCAUUGCGGUGGAUAAGGAGGACCUAUAUAAGGCAUUGGGCAAGGAAUACACCAAGGAUGAGUUCGAUGAGCUGUGCUUCGAGUUCGGCAUUGAGCUUGACGAGGACACCUCCGAGCACAAGCGACCGAUCGUAGAUGGCGUGGAGGAGCGACCUCAAUUGAAGAUUGAGAUUCCUGCCAAUCGCUAUGAUAUGCUUUGCUUCGAGGGAAUCGCCAUGAACCUCAAUGUCUUCUUGGGACGUCAAGAAAUGCCAAAGUUCCGUCUGGCAGCACCACCCUCAGGCGAGCUUCAGACGGUGACCAUUCAAGAGAGCACAUCGAAAAUACGGCCAUACUUCUCCUGUGCUAUCUUGCGUAAUAUCAAGUUCGACAAAGCACGCUACGAUUCGUUCAUCGCCCUCCAAGACAAGCUCCACGCAAACUUGGCUCGGCAGCGAACACUCGUCUCGAUCGGCACUCACGAUCUGGACACGAUCGAGGGUCCAUUCUCGUACGAGGCUCUUGCGCCAGAGGAGAUCAGCUUUGCACCCCUCAACCAGACAAAGGUCAUGAACGGCAAGGAGAUGAUGGAGUUCUACGAGAAGGACAAGCACCUCUCACGCUUCCUGCACAUCAUCCGCGACUCACCCGUAUACCCCAUCAUCUACGACAAGAACCGGACAGUACUCUCCCUACCACCCAUCAUCAACAGCAACCAUUCCAAGAUCACUCUCGACACGAAGAACGUGUUCAUCGACAUAACAGCGACAGACAAGACAAAACUGGAAAUUGUCAAUAAUAUUAUCGUAUCCAUGUUCUCGCAAUAUUGUGCGGAGCCCUUCACCAUUGAGCCAGUCAAGAUCAUCUCAGCUCACAAUGGAGAAUCUCGAGACACACCGGACCUGACACCUCGCGCCACGCAAGCCUCUUCCAGCUUCAUCAACUCCGUCUGCGGCCUGACCGAGUCACGAGAGAAUCUGUGCGAGCUCCUCAAGAAGAUGGGUCAUUCCGCAAAGCCUUCCACGACCGACUCCGAUGUGCUCGAUAUCGACAUCCCGGUAACCCGCGCCGACAUUCUCCACCAAGCAGACAUCAUGGAAGAUGCUGCAGUGGCCUACGGCUUCAACAACCUCCCCCAAAACUUCCCUAGUACCUCCGGCUCAACCGCAGCCGCUCUUCCAAUCAACAAGCUUGGCGACAUUGUCCGUCAAGAGUCCGCCAUGGCCGGCUGGAGCGAAGUCAUGCCCUUGAUCCUCUGCAGCCACGACGAAAACUAUGCCUGGUUAAAUCAACCCGACGAUAAGCUCGCCGUGCGUCUGGCAAACCCCAAGACCGCAGAGUACCAAAUCGUGCGGACCUCCUUGAUCCCUGGCCUACUAAAGACGAUCCGAGAGAAUCGUCGUCACGCAGUGCCAAUGAAGAUCUUCGAGGUCGCGGAUGUGUGUUAUCAGGACAAGAGUUUGGAGCGUCGCAGUCGGAACGAGCGGCAUUUCGCCGCGGCGUGGUACGGCAAGAGCAGUGGUUUCGAGCAGGUGCAUGGAUUGAUGGACCGCAUCAUGCUUAUGCUACGGGCGAAGUUCAUUGAGAAAGCGGAGGAUCGGGAGAAGGUGACGCAUAAGCAGAGGUACUGGAUUGAGGAGGUUGAGAAUUCAACUUACCUCGCUGGCCACGCCGCUGCCAUCAUGCUGUCCCUCGACGGUGGUGCACCCGCGCGCAUCGGCACCUUUGGCAUUCUGCAUCCGACUGUGCUGAAGCACUUCGACCUUCCAUUCCCAACGUCCACACUUGAGAUCAACCUCGAAGUGUUCCUGUAG